AUGAACGGGGCUCUGGUCGACCCGUCCCAAUGCUUCUCUCACCUCAUCGAACACAUCCCCAUAUGGCUGACUCGAGUCACCGAGCUGGCCUCUCACACGGCUGCCAAACACGCCGAGUUUGCUGCGGAAUACACCCGCCUGUCCAAGUCGAAGCCCCGGCAGCGAAGACGACGGAACAGCUCGCUCCAUACCAAUCGACCGGACGAUGACCACCGCUCGGUCGCCUCCAAGAAGGAUAAGACCUCCUCCGGCUCUCCCUCCAGACAGCUAGACCCGCAAGACCCCUUCAUGGACCCCAUGAUAUUCAAACGGCUUACCCGCCAGAACAACCAGGAUGCCAUCAACAGGAAACGGAAGCCAGAGAGCACCGCUUCCGCCCCUUCGGACGCUGACAGCAGUGUCGCCCGUCGAGUCCGGCAGCAGGUCGUCAUACACUACGAUUCUCACACCCAGACAGUCCUCGAACGGCUUGUCCGUGACAUAGGCGGUGCCCGCAACCAGAUCCGAAAAGGUCGAAUGAACUAUAUAAUGAAAAUCGACUUUGGCCGUCGGGCGUUUCCUUCCAACCUAUUCGCUGCAGGCCCAGAUGACGACGACCAUACUCUCGCUUUACCCCAGUAUCCAUCCUUUAGAAAGUCCCGCAGUACACAAUUUGAUUCGAAACAGGCUCCUAACGGCACAGCCACUUCUGCUGCUGCUGCUGCUCCUUCUUCCAUGACCCCCUCGAAACAGUCCGCCUCCGCCUUCGACCUGACGGACAAGCAGCUAGAGCUUGCCCAGAGUCUAUCGCUAGAAAUGGCUCAGGCUGAAGGGACCCGGCUAGAGGCUGAGAAGGAAGCAGAGAAGCUACAGCAGCAGGCUGAGGAAGAUGCACAGGAAAGCAAAAGUGACCGCACGGCCGUUGAAACCUUUGGACCUGCAGAUUCCGACGUACGGAUGCAGAAUGACUCGCUCCAGCCGGUUAAGAUGAAGAUGAGUAUGAACGGGGAUGUGAAAACGCCGCCCGAAAUGAUGGGAGCUAUCGAAGUGGACGACGGUUCAUCGACAUCCUCUAUAUCCAUUGAUCUAGCCGCGUUUCGACGAAGGAGGUUAAAAACAUAG